AUGAACGCCAUGAACGCCGCGGCCGAGUUCAAGACCGGCUUCGGCACGCAGUUCAACGGCCUCAUGCCCACCAUCGCCGACGACAGCUUCUACUCCUACUCCACCUACAACAACUGGGCUGCCAAGGUGCCCAGCCCGUUGGGCGCCAAGCCCUUCUGGCCCGUGGUGCCCACCAACCACCACCAGAGCCCCGUCAACUGCUUCAACGCGGCCACGUCGACCUCGAUGGGCGGAGCGGUGGGUUCGAUGCUGCCGGGCGGCAUGGGCGGCGUGAUGACCAGUUCUGCGGGGACGAGCGCUGAACCAUGCACCGCCAUGUCUACCAGCAUAGCCUCGCUUCGGCUCAAGGCCAAGCAGCACACGGGCUUCGUGGGCUACUCCAGCGUCAGCCCAGUGCGGUCCUCCUCGGCCGGGCUGUCGGCCUGCCAGUACGCAGGCGGCGGCUUAGGGGUGGGAGAAAGGCCGGGCUGA